AUGUCAGGACCCCUUGUACUCAUCACCGGCAUCACCGGCUUUCUCGCCGCCCACGUGCUUGAUGCCGUGCUUGCAUCACCAGCCAACUACAAGGUCAGAGGAACGCUCCGUUCAGUCAGCAAGAAGGACGAGAUCCUCGCUCGUUUGGGCCCAGAAGACAGAAAGAGAGUCGAAUUCGUCGAGGUUGCCGACACUGCCACUUCAGACCUCCUACCAGCUGUUAGAGGAGUCGAGAUCAUCCACCAUGUUGCCUCACCAUACCAGCUCAACGUCCAAGAUGCAGAGCGUGACCUGCUCAUUCCAGCUGUUGAAGGCACACUCAACCUUCUCCGCUUCGCAAAGCACGAGAAGAGCGUCAAGAAGAUUGUUAUUGUCUCUUCUUUCGCAGCUGUGACCAACUUCAAGGAAGGAGGACCGAACCGUCCAGGCUUCACAUACACUGCAGAGCACUGGAACCCUUCGACCUACGACGACGCCAUCCAAGCCGGCGGAGCUGGAGCAUUCUCUUACUCAGUCAGCAAGAAGCUCGCCGAGCAAGCUGCUUGGGACUACGUCGCCAACGAAAAGCCUCACUUCGAGAUCGCCACUACCAACCCACCCAUGAUCUACGCCAAAACCAUUCAGCCCGGAGUCAAGCUUUCGAAUCUCAACACCUCAAGCAAGACCAUCUACGGCCUCAUCAGCCAUGCUGAGCAGAUGCCCGAGGAUCGACUUCCUCUGUUCUGCAACGCUCGUGACGUGGGAGAUGCUCAGGUUGCUGCAACCGAGAAGCCUAACGGCAUGGGAAAGCGUUACUUGCUUUGUGGAGGAAAAUUCACUUGGGCACACGCUGUCAAGUUCAUUGCUGAAAACUACCCGGAGCUUCAAGACCGUCUGCCGAAGGGGUGGAAGGAAGCUAGCAGCGAUCUGAGGGAUUUGGAUAGCAUCGCAAGCUUGGAGACUGAGAAAGCAGAGACUGUAUUGGGAAUCAAGUUCAAGGACUGGCAAACAACGCUCAAGGAAUCGCUUGAUAGUUUGUUGGAGCUCGAGAAGCGACCUGAUUGGAAGAACUGA